AUGGGCCAUCGCCUUCAAUUUCCUGUAAUACUCACAUACAAGUAUGCGUGUGAUGUGCGGGUUAUCAGAAUGAUGCGUGAUAGAGGCAUUGGUAAUGGUCCCCAUAAGCUGUACAAGGCGAUCGUAGAGCAGCACAACGAGCGCUAUUUGCAGCAAUCAAUUGCAUACCUGACCCAGUGCAAGGCCUUUGCAGAUGCAGGCGCUAGGGGCCUGGUAAAUAUACCUACAGUCAGCCAGCCACCCGCUUUGACUCCUGUUCCAAAAUUCCAGUGGCUUCAAAGCGUCUAUUGCCAGGAUGUAUUGCGGCGCGUGGACGAAGUCAAGCCUUUGAUAACUUCCGUAUUUGGCAAAAUCCUCAAGAUGGAUUCUACCAAAAAGGUUAGAGCAAUACACUUGUCUGAUUUUGUCUGAGUCUACUUUGCUAAUAAGGUAUAACAAUUAGAUAAUAGAUGUAGGAAUGUUUGCUAACCAACCGAGAAAAAUCAUUGGAUGUGACUAUUUCAGGUGGCCAAGAAGCUAUCUGGUCAAGCAUUUCGAACAGCAGUGUGGGUGACCAACGUAGGCAACGAACAUGGGCAGGUCCUUGUUAGCGUCCUUACUGCCAAGGAAGGAUCUGGGCUGAGCAAAAUGGCCGGCGGGCUCAUGAAGCGGUAUAAGGAUGCGAGCGUGGAUCCUCCGGUCCUUCUCUACGUUGACAGGGACUGCUGCUCCGGUAAGAGCAAAGCUCUUUUCGCAGAGUGGGAUAAUCUACUUAUCCGACUCGAUAUUUAUCAUUUCAUGUGUCGUAUAGCCACUGGCUGCUCCACUGAGUCCCAUCAGCUACACCAAACAUUCAUGGCUAGGCUAUCACAAUGCAUUUUCCAAUGGGACAGUAACAAUCUCGAGCGCCCCAAAUAG